UUAUUUGGAUUGUUUUCAAUUUAAAGCUGCUUAAGCUCUAUGUACUAACCACUGCAUGUUUGUUUGAGUCUAUUUUUAUUAAUUUGUUAAUUAUCGAUUGUGUUUAGUGAUAUUAAAAUGGCGUUCAAUAGUUCUAGUGACGAUGUAAUUCCAGUAUCUGGUUUUGCUUCGGACGAUGAUGGAGAAGAAAAUUCAAAUGCGUCAGUUUCUUCCGAUAGUGAUGAUCAAGGAAUAAGUUCCAAAGCAUGGGGUAAGAAAAAGUCCGUCUAUUUUGGUACCAAUUAUGUGGAUAAAGAUUUCAGAAAGACCACUCAAGAAGAGGAAGAUCUUGCUAAGGAUGAAGAAGAGGAAGCCAAAAUGAUUCAACAAAGAAUUUUGAAAGAAAUACAAGAGGAUGACUUGGAUCUCGACUAUUUACCCGAUAUUAAGGAAGCUGGAGAAACUUUACAAGAAGUUGAAAUAGACAUCGAUUCUCUUUCAAAGAAGGAAAAGAAUGAACUUCUCAUGAAAACGGCACCUGAGUUACCAAAUCUGGUCGAGGAUUUCAAAAAAAGUUUGGCUGAAAUGGAGAAGCACAAAAAGGUGCUAAACUACUCCAAUGUGGAUAAUAUCGAAGCUUAUAAAUUAAGUUUACCUUUUAGGUUAUUCAAGACUAAAUUCAACCUUUUGAAUUGUUAUUGUAUGAACAUAAGUUUUUAUCUUCUUCUCAAAUCCAAGGGGAAAUCGACAGUGAACCAUCCUUGUGCUUCCAAUUUAGUCAAACUAAAGAAAACCAUUCUUAAUGUUGAGAAAAUCGAGAACAAAAAACAGUUUAAAGCUAUGGUUAAAGGAUUCUUGGCAAAGAUCGCUACCAAAAGUAAAAUUAUAAUGAAUGAAGAACCUGAAGAUGAAGAAAUGGACCUCAGAGAUUAUGAUGAUGACAGAACUAAUCAAGUCGAGCAAGACAAUGAAAAUGAAGAUGCAGAGCAAGACAAAGAUGAAACUGUCAAUUCCAAUCCACAAGAUGAACCAGAUAUUGAACUUGUUGAAUAUGGUGAUCUUAGAGAACAAGUAGAAAGUGAAGAAGACCAAUUCGAUGAGGAACUGGAUGAAGAAGAAGAAGACGAGGACGAGGAAGAAGAAGAGGACGAAGACGAAGAUGGAAUCAAUGUUAAGCUCGAUGCCAAUGACGAAGAAGAUGAUAAAAUGGAUGAGUCGGGAGUUAGAAGACCAAUCAACUACCAAAUCGCCAAAAAUAAAGGACUUACUCCUAAAAAGAGAAAAGAUCAGCGUAACCCGAGAGUGGCACAUCGAAGAAAGUUCAAGAAAGCUAAAGCGCGUAGGAAAGGACAAGUCAGAGAACCUAGAAAAGAAAUCAAAAAAUAUGCUGGUGAAAUAUCUGGAAUUAGAAGUACGACUGUUAAAAGUAUCAAAUUUAAAUAGAACCCAUUGUAUAUAAUAAUAGACUUUUUUCAAUGCAAUAAAUUAUUUUGCAAUUUAAA